AUGGAGAUUGACCUCGGUUCACUGUUGCAUGCAUUGCCUCAAAUGCGACGGCAAUCAAAUCUCUCGCUCGAAUGUGGAUGGCAAGCAGUCUCAUCGCGUCGCAGCGAGGGUGUUGCUGGCGAAAUGGGCUUGGCUACAACCGAGUGGCCGUGGCCUGUCCAGGUCGGCAAAGAACCGAACCCCAACAAACCUUCGACCUCUAGUCCACUGCGGAGCGAUUCGAGAUUCGAGAUGCGAGGUGGAAGUAACUUUUUUCGCAAACUAAUGGCCAACCUAGACGCCGAGAGGCGGUGUGAGCGACAGGCAGAUGUGACUAACUUAGCAGUCUUGAGUGGCGCCGCUGGGUUGUGCUGCGUCACAGGCGAAUUACGCUCAGGUCCCGAAUCCGCUGCACGAAUUCUCAAUUUCGCCGACGGUAGAAAUCAGACUAAGCCGACCAAGUUUUGA